GCUUGUGUGGGAAGCAUCGCACAGAAAACUGGGUCUAGCGAACUAACCGGAUGUUGAGAGCCAGCAUAGCCAUGGCAGAGUCCAAAGCAGAGACUGGCGUUGGCCUGCCAUCAAUUUCAGUGUGAUCUUCACAAGAGUGUGUAUUCUGCAGGUGUGUGAAUACAACACACACUAUCUGGGGGUGGGAAUAAAGAGCAGCAGCAAGAGCUCACGAUGCCCCCUGGGGACCCGAAGGGAACAGUAGUCUACAUGUAGAUGUUUCAGAGAAAGACAGGAGCUGUUGAUUUAGCCACCAAAGCUGGUUUUGAUAUACUAACAUUUUGUGCACUUCUCUGGCUUCCAACAAUUAGUGGAUUGCGGAUGGAAAAGUCCUACAACGCACCAAAGGAGAUUGUUCUGCUUAGGAAAGCUUCCGCUUAGGUGUGGCUUUUUGGGUGCUAGGGAUUAAACCCGGAGCCACUGAGCAAUGUCUCCAGGCCCUUAGAAGUGGCCUUGCUCUUACUUCUGGACCCACUGACUCCGGUGGCUUCACCUUGAGUGGCUGUUAUUUGGAGUUGAGGUUAUCAUUGAACACAGUAGUUCACAUCAGUGUUCUUCUGAAAGCAGCUGUCCCGUGAAGGUUUACGAUAGAUCAUUCAAAAGCCUUGCUUGCCUAAUUCUUGUUUCCAGAGUUCUGAGGGUCCCAGGUCCCUCUGCCCAGGGUGAUACCAUUGGAAACGUAGCAGAUUUGGGGAAGGGGAGGAUGUACGCGGUAGUGGGUAAGAAAAGCCUUACCCUUUCCUGGCCACAGGCCUGAAAAUGCACACCUGCAGAGCUGGCUGGAGAGCACAUAUGGUUCUUGGCAUUCGGAAAACCUUGUUGAAAGUGAAAUUAAAAUUUCCCUGCUGGACAGGAAAUUAAUAACCGCUGAGUAGAGCAGACAAGGCCAGAGCUAGACCACUUGUUCCCUCACCUAGGACGUUUUAUUGUUAUGUAAAUGAGAUCAGCUGCUACUGCCCAAGGGGAAUUGAGGAGGGUAGAGGGAAAUAACGGGACGGAUUCCUUAUGGUUUACAUUCCCUCUGCAAAAGCGUUUUCCUGGCAUGCACUAAUUUUUUGUACUCCAUCAGUGCAUAGGCACAGGGAAGCUUCGGGGCCUCUUUUGUCAUUAUUUCUAUAAAGUAGCCUUCAUGGCUGCGACACACUGCCAUUUACUCAUUUCAUAACACUUCUAGAUCACCCACAGUGAGCUGGGCCAUAUGCCACCAGGGCGGGGGAGGUGGCUAGGGCUGAAUAAUGGAAUAUCUAGUGUCUGCCUUCUGGGACUUUACAGUUUGGAAAAAGAGGAUAUUGGAUAGCAACCACGAGUCCCCCACCCCCGCUGGAAGACCCAUUACACCACUUAGUGUUUGGGGUUGAAAAGUAACUGAAGCAUGCUGUGGAAAACGAAGCAAAUUGGUAGAAGGAACUAAGGGACAGGCCUUGGAGACUGUGGAUGAAGCCACUCUGUGUAGACUUGGGUGCAUUACUCUGGGGAAUUUUCUUGAGAUGCAGAAUCGGCCGGUCCGUUUCUUGGUUAGGAGCCAGCAGGCACUCUGUAGAGGCAGAAUGAGGGAGUAUUAGAAAGGCAAAACCCUGCAUCUCCUCCCAAGGCUCUGUAAAUUUUCAUGGGGGCUUCAAGGGUUAGUUUGGGUUAGUUAGUUGGAGCAGGUGAGUGCCUUAUUAGGGGCAUUCCAGUGUUGAGAGCAAUAGCUUGAAGCCAUAAAAUGUAGAAUCAUUCUCCAAAAGGCACAAUGUCAACACAUCCAUGUGUCCCAUCUUCUGUCCUGUGUUCUUGGUCCUAGUGUGAGCAGUCACACCUCAUGAGAGAGCAUGAAGACGUCCAGGAGCGCACAACCCUUCGCUAUGAGGAGCGCAUCACGGAACUCCACAGCAUCAUUGCGGAGCUGAACAAGAAGAUAGACCGCCUGCAGGGCACCACCAUCAGGGAGGAAGAUGAAUACUCAGAACUGCGGUCAGAGCUCAGUCAGAGUCAACAAGAGGUCAACGAGGACUCCAGAAGCAUGGACCAAGACCAGACCUCCGUGUCCAUCCCUGAAAACCAGUCGACUAUGGUCACUGCUGACAUGGAUAACUGCAGUGACCUGAACUCGGAACUGCAGAGGGUGCUGACGGGGCUGGAGAGUGUGGUCUGCGGCAGGAAGAAGAGCAGCUGUAGCCUCUCGGUGGCCGAGGUGGACAGGCACAUUGAGCAGCUCACCACAGCCAGCGAGCACUGUGACUUGGCCAUUAAGACAGUUGAGGAGAUUGAGGGAGUUCUUGGUCGUGACCUUUAUCCCAACCUGGCUGAGGAGCGGUCUCGGUGGGAGAAAGAGUUGGCUGGACUGCGGGAAGAGAAUGAAAGCCUGACCGCCAUGCUGUGCAGCAAAGAGGAGGAGCUGAACCGGACCAAGGCCACUAUGAAUGCCAUCCGUGAGGAACGGGACAGGCUCCGGAGAAGGGUCCGAGAGCUCCAAACUCGACUGCAGAGUGUCCAAGCCACUGGACCUUCUAGCCCUGGUCGCCUUACUUCUGCCAAUCGCCCGAUUAACCCCAGCACUGGAGAGCUGAGCACCAGCAGCAGCAGCAAUGACAUCCCCAUCGCCAAGAUUGCUGAGAGGGUGAAGCUAUCAAAGACAAGAUCUGAAUCAUCGUCAUCUGAUCGGCCAGUCCUGGGAUCCGAAAUCAGUAGCAUUGGGGUUUCCAGCAGCGUGGCAGAACACCUGGCCCACUCACUCCAGGACUGCUCCAAUAUCCAGGAAAUUUUCCAAACGCUCUACUCACAUGGAUCUGCCAUCUCUGAAAGCAAGAUUAGAGAGUUUGAGGUGGAAACAGAGCGUUUGAACAGCCGGAUCGAGCACCUCAAAUCCCAAAACGAUCUCCUCACCAUCACCCUGGAGGAGUGUAAAAGCAAUGCCGAGAGGAUGAGCAUGCUGGUGGGAAAAUACGAAUCCAACGCCACCGCGCUGAGGCUGGCCCUGCAGUACAGUGAGCAGUGCAUAGAAGCCUAUGAACUCCUACUGGCACUGGCCGAGAGCGAGCAGAGCCUCAUCCUGGGGCAAUUCCGGGCAGCUGGCGUGGGCUCCUCCCCUGGAGACCAGCCAGGGGAUGAGAAUGUCACUCAGAUGCUCAAGCGGGCUCACGACUGCCGGAAGGCCGCCGAGAAUGCCGCUAAAGCCCUGCUUAUGAAGCUGGACGGCAGCUGCGGGGGAGCCUUUGCUGUGGCUGGCUGUGGUGUACAGCCCUGGGAGAGCCUGUCCUCCAACAGCCACACCAGCACCACCAGCUCUACAGCCAGCAGCUGUGACACGGAGUUCACUAAAGAAGAUGAGCAGAGGCUGAAGGAUUAUAUCCAGCAGCUCAAGAACGACAGAGCUGCCGUCAAGCUGACCAUGCUGGAACUGGAGAGCAUCCACAUCGAUCCGCUCAGCUAUGACGUCAAGCCAAGGGGCGACAGCCAGCGGCUGGACCUGGAGAAUGCCGUGCUGAUGCAGGAGCUGAUGGCCAUGAAGGAAGAGAUGGCCGAGCUGAAGGCACAGCUGUACCUGUUGGAGAAAGAGAAGAAGGCCCUGGAGCUGAAGCUGAGCACCAGGGAAGCCCAGGAGCAGGCCUACCUGGUGCACAUCGAGCACCUCAAGUCCGAGGUGGAGGAGCAGAAGGAGCAGAGGAUGCGGUCUCUGAGCUCCACCAGCAGCAGUGGCAAAGAGAAGCCUGGCAAGGAGUGUGCUGAUGCUGCCUCCCCGGCUUUGGCUGAAGUAAGGACAAACAGUGACAGUGAGCUGGCCACAGAGUUCGCCAGCGCCAUCCGACGGGAGAAGAAACUCAAGGCCAGAGUUCAAGAGCUGGUCAGCGCCUUGGAAAGACUCACCAAAAGCAGUGAGAUCAGACACCAGCAGUCAGCAGAGUUUGUCAAUGACCUAAAACGCGCCAACAGUAACCUGGUGGCUGCCUAUGAAAAAGCAAAGAAGAAACAUCAAAACAAGCUGAAGAAGUUGGAAUCCCAGAUGAUGGCUAUGGUGGAGCGACAUGAGACCCAAGUGAGAAUGCUCAAGCAAAGAAUAGCUCUGCUGGAGGAAGAGAAUUCCAGGCCACAUACCAACGAAACUUCACUUUAACAGGCACUCAGGCCCCAAGGUCCUGCCCCAAGGGACUGAACUCCAGCGGCUCUGAAGUCCUCUGCAGAGAAAGGGUCCAAGGAGAAGAUUGCAUAUAGGUCACAGCUCCACCCUUGGCGCGAGUAGUCCCUGAUGGCACCAUGGAUUGUGUCUGCACAGGCUUCAGCUGCUCCAGGCCUGGCCACAAGGGGUGCCAACAAUGGCUCCAGCCAAGUGCUUAGCCAUGUCUUGUUUCAUUUUCACCACACAAGUUCUCAUGCUCUUCUCCCUUGUUCUGUGUAGCGGUUGGUGGGAAUCCAGGCACUUGGUUUUAUGCGCAUUUCCAAGUCUUUCUCUUUUUUCUUUUUUUAGCUUUUCAUAGACUGGACUAUUCUUCCGAAACCUGGAUUUCCUUCCUCCUCCAAGGGAAAAGUGAUAGUGUUUUGUGUGUUUCCAACAUCUAGGGCUUGCGGCCCACCACAGCAAGGCUCUGCCUUCUAGGUCCUAAGGUACCAGAUUCCUGAGAUAGUCACAUAUAGAGGGAUUAGUUGAGAGUGACAGACCACUGGAGGGCACCAUGUCGCUGACCAUCCCAGACACACCGCAGUUUCAAACAGAGCAUCAUCAAGGCUAUGUGUAGACAGUUCUGGACUGGACAAAUAAAAACCAUCUCCUAUUUUUAUUGUACAGGCAGGGGUUGAAGCUGUUUUAAUUCCCGUCCAGCAAGAGUAAAACUUAGAAUACUCUUGAUAUAUGUAGUAAAGCCAAGGUUUUACCAGGGUUUUUUUCCUAGGACAGAAAAAAAGCAGUAUUAGCUCUUUCCCAGCCCCAGGGCACUACAGUUCCUAUUCUGAAUCAAAACUUUGCCACUUGAGCACAUAUGUAGCUGGACCCCGCCUCUCUCAGGGCAAGAGGCUUUACGUUGUUGGACACUGAGGAGAUCCUUAAUGUUGCACAAGAUGGUUCCCACCUAUAAAUAGAGUGCCAUUGAACCUUUAGUCCCCAACAUCAUGAAGGGGAUUGGGUGAGGGAAUGGCUGACAGGCUUCCUAGGCUCUCCCUCCAGAUGCAGUGAUUUCAAGCAAAAUGGUGACCGGGAGGCAUGACCUCAGUACCUAAACUCCUCUAGGGAGGCAUCCCAGUCAUGUUUUCUACUGGAGCUUUCACCAUUUUACCUUCUGCUGUUCAUAGACACAAUGAAGGGACAGCCUGGCUUUUUUUCACCUGUGGCCCCCAAGACGCUCUCCAUGUGCUCUCCAUGGAGAAAUAUGCUCCACUCAUGGUUAAUGAGGGGAAGGAUGCUGCGCUUGUGACCAUGGUGAUGUUGCAGACUCCAGGCUACGGGCGGGUCUUUUAGAAAGCCAAGUUCAGCCUUCUGUGCAUGAGGAAAAGAUGCUCUGGCUUUCUCUCACAAUGGUUAGCCCACAAAGCUCAACAGUCUUUCUUUCUCAGACCAGUACCAAGCUCUACUCACCCUGUGAACAGAAACGAAAAUGUGACUGGUUUGAGUCAAGGCUUGAGUGUUGAUGGCUUUCUAGCCCUUUGUCAAUCUCCGUGAUCCAUUUUUUCAGUGUUCACUUUUGAGGGUAAAGUUCUAUUUUGUUAUGAGGAAAACGUGUGGAUAGAAACAUCUAUUGCCUCCCCACCACCCCAAAAAUGUAAUAAAGUUAGCUUUCAGUUUUUCAGCUACCUUCAGGAAAUGUCUGCUCCCAAGCAAAUUGGGACAGGCUGUCCUGGUUGAGGAGAGCCCACAUUCCAGGUAACAAGAUUGCUAGGCUUCCCGCUCUGUCCACGCAGAUGCAGUGAGCAGCGCGUGCAGGAGGCUGAGAUGCAAGGUGAGACUGAAGCAGAGAUGGCGGUCCACCUGCUGAGCUCUGCCCCCUCCAGGUCAAAGCAGAGAACCUAUGCUUCUAGGUCCACAGUACCUCCACAAAAAAGACCCAAAGCAGCAAUCCUACCAGGCCUUAGUCUGAGUUUCUAAGUAUAUAAACAUAUGGUGACUUGUGAAAACCAUUUGACAAGCUAAAAUGCCACAUUUUUAAGUAAGUGGGAAAGGGCCAUACAAUCUUUUCCUUUUAGUUCUCAAUCUUUGUUGAGGGUUGAAGCAGCAGGCAUUUGAUUAUGUGAAUUGUUGCACUGAUUAAAUACAUGACAGCAGGUGCCUGAGUAAUUUUCCCUUUUGUUUAACCUGGCUCUUCCGAACCUACUUUUAAAUAGGAAAUGGUUUCCAUUAACAUGUCUAUUAUGGCUAACAAAAUUAUCUUGAUUUUAAUUUGUAUGGGGUUAAAAGACCUUCGGAAUUUCCUAUCUUUGAAACCCCACCACCACCCAAAGUCUUCAGGGGUUGCUCUGUAGGCAGUCACCUUUACUAAUCAAAGCUUUCGGCUCCUGAAAAAGUAAGCAGAGCAAAAGGUCCCGUUAGGAGCCAUUUCAAGGUUCCCUUGGGCUGUAUUCCCCAUUCUGAACUGAGGCAGACAAACCCGAGUAGGGCAGCAGUCCCAGGAGACAUCUAUCCAUGGCUGGCUCUGGUCCCCUGCAACAACCCCAAGUACAAACUUGUUACAAGUCAAACUUGCCUUCCUUGUAACAGUAAGAAAGCCUCCAUCGGACUCACAACCAAGACUGUCAUGUGACCAGACAGCUGAGGUUUGGCCUUGUCUCCGUACCAUACAUACUCCAGGUCUAAAUGAGUGAGUGCCACAUGGCACCAGUGGAGGCAGAGAACUUGGACCCACUCUCACCUGCUGAUGUGGCUCAUUUCUUGAUGUGUGUGUAGCCCGAACCUGGACACUACAUUUAACAGACAUUUAGAAGUUUUUUGUUAGCCAAGGUGCUUGGUUCUCCGUUCAGCCACAUGAACUUACAAGGUCUUCCUCUGAGCAAAUUUUACAAGGGCUUCAGAGAACUCUAAAAUAGAGCUUUGGCAUGGUUCUAUGAGGAAGGGCAGUCUAAGGCACAGCCUUAGGCUUUUAUUCAUUCAUUCUAUAAACUUUUUUUAAAAAAAGGUGCUUAGUAACCUUACCACUGUAAGGGAAAUGUGAGACUAUUGGAAGUCUAGUUCCUACAUACAGACAUUACCUGAACAGGAAAACAAAACAAAACAAAUCUUAGUUUGCUACAGGUUUGGAAUGCCUGUAUCACUGGCAUGAACUGAAAACCACCAGGCUUCUGUGUCCCCCUAUCCACUAUGGCCCACAAAAAAUUCUGUGCAAUGAUAUAAAUUGUGUAAACUACAUCAGAGCUGCCAGAAGCCGGGGUAUCACAUUCAUGUUUUAGGUAGAGAAUAACAUCAUGGCAGUAACAGAAACAACGCUCUUGUUUGUUAAAACACUUCCUUCCAUAAAUGCUUUCAAUUAUAAAUGUUUAAUUGGGAGUAUGUCGUCAACAACAAAAAAACAACCAACCCAGCGCUCACCAAGUGUACAGUCUCACCCACUGAACUAAUUUUUUUUUUUAGAGCCCAACAGAACAAAUUCACUGAUGGUUACAUUUUCUGCCCUGAUCUUCAUUAGGGUAUGGUCCUAAGGAGGGAGCGGGGCACACAAGCUUAAGUAACAUUAGUAUUUUCUUUCUGUGAUACACUGCAGCUUUUAGAACAAGCUAUAACGGCUGAAGAAAUCAGCAAUUUUGUGUUUAGCCAAUAGAACCUAAAUAAUGAGGAAUGACAGAACACCUUGGCCACAGCUUGCAAACUCUGGUGAGCAGGCAUGGCUUGCUAUAAAAACGUCUCUGCCUUUGAAGUGUGUGCACAAUGGAAACCCCUUGUUUAUACACAGGUCAGGUCGGAGUCAGCUCCCAACCUGUGGCCUCCUAAUCUCACUUCAUUUUCUAAACACCUUUGUAUUCAUUUAGAAAUGUUUGUGUCUGCUGCCAAUGGUCUAUCUGAGAUGCUGUGACCCCAGCUAACUGAGCAUGCUUGUGUAGAGGAAGACAUUUUCAUAUGCAGGCAAGCAUUACAAUGUUGGUAAUCCAGUAUAACCUUAACACGUUAUCUGAUGUUUUGUACAUGUGUACGAAGAGGGGGAGAAAAAAAAAGCUGGGUCCCAGAAUCAAGAACCAUUGUUGGAUAAGGACACCCACGACUUACCAUUUGACCUUCCCAGUCUCUCAUCUGAUAAUACCGGAACUGUCUGCUCACCAAACAGCACGCAAGUUCUGUAGAGGAUUCCACACCCGUGGAGAUGCUCUGGUUAUGUUUCUGCUCUAUCGUUCGCCCUUUCCAUGGUCAGACUCAUGAGGAAAAUGGUUGUAGAGUCCACAGUGUUCCUUUGCAGUGGGUGUCAGGACACCCACUCUCCAGCGCCCCCAUAACCUAAUUUUGUUAGGACCUGAUGCAAAGACUACAAAACGUUCACUUCUGUUUCUAAUCCGCUUUUAGACAUAUUAACUUACGUUGCAUGAAAUUUCACUUUUUUAUUCACUGAAAAUGUGCUUUUAUACCACUUGAAUUAGAAAAUCCUGCUUGAAUGUACUGUCGUUAAAGCACAUAUGACUGUCUGCAUCUGUCAGUACUGUUCUGUUUGUACCCAAGCCUCACUGUAAAGUGGCUACUAAACACUGUACUAUACCUUGUAAUUUUUUAGGCUCACUUGUAGCUUUAAAUGUUUCCAGAUGCCUUUAGUUUUAGCUGCUGUAAAAUAGCUACUUUGUGUUAUUUGAUAUAGAAUUGUUUAAAAAAAAAAAAAAACCUCCAUUUAUUUAUACAGAGACAUUUAUAAUAUUUUACAAACGUUCUUAUAUUCUGAAUAAAUAUUUCUAAUUCCGUGAAGUACUUUGUUUUAAUCAAAGAGUAAGAGGUUCCAUAGACGUAUUUGCCAGUCAUACAUGUAAAUACAAACCAGAGAUGCUUCCAUUCAUUUAGGGGCUUGAUGUAAAACUACUUCAGAUCAAAAGAACAAAAUUCUCAUUUAUCACCAAUUUUUAUUUGGUUGCUUUCACAAACAUCAUAAACAGAAGGUUCUGUAUUAGAUGAUAUUUUAAAAUGUAAGUAUCAGGAAGUCAAAUGGGAACUAGAGAGCAGUUCCAUAGCAUGUCAGAGUUAACAUGUCAGAAGUGCUAGAACACCGACUUUUUGCUACAUGGAAAAAACUUUUGAUAGUAACAGUUACAUAGCUGAGAACUCUAAAAGAACAAUGCUCAAUUUCUCCUUCUGUCUGAGACCCAAGAACAGGACAUUCUGCUGGAAAGCCCAGUUCUGGCCUAAGUUUAAGAAUCAUUACAUUUUACUUUUCUGGUUUAGACCACCAGUCCACCACUACACGCCUGUUAAGAGAGCCAAACUGAAUGAAGAAAAAGAUGACAUUCCCACUGUCCACUGUCAUUUCUGAAUGAAUUCUAUGUUUUAUAUUCCUACUAAUGCAAACAACUUCAUAACCUUUUGGUCCAGGUCCAGAGAUAUGGCAGCCAAGAAUAACAAUAAUGACUUAAAAUUACAGAAAAAAGAACAGGAGCAGAACCAAUGAUAAAGUAGCAACUAAAACAGUGCCAAUUUUAUAGGUAAUGCAUUCUAAAUAUCCAGAAUUAGACCAGAUUUUACAGUAUUCUACAGAAAGCCAAUGUGAGCAACUUUCCAUCUUCCAUCAUUUUAAAUGUACUGUGUGUGUGUGGGGGGGGGUAUAGUUUUAGCUUUAAAGUGGAUUACAUUCGAAAAGCCUUUAGAAGGUACAGCAUACUUACCAUUGAAGACAGCCCUGCAUAAUAUCUCAGGGGAGAAUACAGGUGUCAAUCUCCACGUCUUUGGAAGUGCAGUGCUCCGGACUCACUAAUUCACAAACCCCAGUCACUGGAAAUUUAUGAGUCACACCAA